AUUUAUGGUGAACUUUUCUGUAGACAUAGACAGUAUCUAGGUGGUUCUUAACAACAACCUAGAUGAGACUGUAGCUCCGGGAAUCUAAACUUGUUCGCCGGAGAACCCAGCGACGCCAUUGUUCCCCGAUGAACUCUUUACGACCUGAAAACACGAGUAAGCGAGAAUGCGACAGAUUUGAACGACAAACUGAUAAGUAAACGAGAAUGUGAUAGAUUAAAACCAAAGCUGAAGCAAGAAGAAGACGUGGUUUGAUCAGCUUGGGUACAAUAGAUUGAAGAAGACGUGGAAGAGCUGUAUAUAUUCUGUGGUGUAGGCCCAUAUGGCUCCAAGCAAGUGAUUUUGUUCAGAACUGGUGAAAAUGGCCUCCUCUUCGCUGCCAGGCUCUGCUUUAUUCAUUCCCACCCCGACGAAGAAGACGAGACCCAAAUCCCGCAGCUUCUGCCCCAGCAUGUCAAACCGGAACACCCCAAACCCUAAUUUGAUAACCGCCGUCGGCAGGCUCCUGUGGGGGCAAUCGCUUCCGCCGCAGCUCCUCAUCUCCGCCGUUCGCGCGAGCUGGUCCACCGCCUGGCAACUGAUGAUGUCCCAGCUCGCCCCCUCCGACUCCGGCGGCCGUUACACCCGUCCCGCCUCCCAAUUUCGCGCGGAUUCCGGCUUCCGCCAAAAACCGGGCGCUCUCCACCUCUACGUCGGCCUGCCCUGCCCCUGGGCUCACCGGACCCUGAUUGUCCGAGCGCUCAAGGGCCUUGAACACGCCGUGCCGAUCUCGAUUGCCUCUCCGGGACCGGACGGCUCUUGGGAGUUCCGGGAAGGCCAUGUCCAACUCACGGAUAGGCUUGUCCCCGGUUUGGACGGUGCCAACGGCUGCAAAACCCUAAGAGAGAUUUACAAGCUCCGGAGAGGCGGAUACGACGGCCGGUCGACGGUUCCGAUGCUUUGGGACGUGGAGAAGAAAGAGGUGGUGUGCAACGAGAGCUACGACAUAGCUGAAUUGUUCAAUUCAGGCUUGAAUGGCCUGGCAAGCAAUCCAAGUCUGGACCUUUCGCCGCCGCCAUUGAAGAAACAGAUAGAUCACUGGAAUCAAAUUGUGUAUCCCAGUGUUAACAAUGGCGUCUAUAGGUGUGGAUUUGCACAGAGCCAAGAAGCAUAUGAUGCAGCAGCAAAUGAGCUGUUCAGAACAAUGGAUAUGUUGGAUGAUCAUUUGGGCAGAUCCAGAUACUUGUGUGGCGAUGUACUGACCCUAGCAGAUGUAUGCCUCUUCACAACUUUGAUUCGAUUUGAUCUCGUUUACAAUGUUCUGUUCAAAUGCACAAAGAAAAAGCUGCUCGAGUAUCCAAACCUCCACUCAUACACGCGCGACAUUUAUCAGAUUCCCAAGGUUGCAGAAACUUGCAAUUUUGAAGCAAUCAUGGAUGGUUACUACAAAGUUCUUUUCCCACUGAAUCCGGGCGGCAUUCUACCUGUUCUGCCUCUCGGCUGCGGGCAUGAAUGGCUCUCUGAGCCUCACAACAGGGGAUCUCUGACAUUGGUAGGGAAAGAUGUAGAGGUUCAUGUUUCAUAGAGAGCAUAACUUUCAAUGUAUUGUAGUGAUGCUGUGAACAUUUUAACUCAAAAAUGUGUAAUUUUAUUUACAUUUGUAAAUACAUUUUCUCUAUUUCAAUUUUUUGCUCGUCUCAUCCGUGUUUUCUA